AACUUUGUCUACUGCACAAAAAUUGACAGAUAAGAAUUCUUGGCAUAACCUCUUUCAGCGAUUUUGUUUCAAAAAUCUUUAGAAAUUAUAAUUUUGCUAACAUAAUGGCUUCGUUGAAGGUGUAUUCGGUGGGUAGGCUGGCCAAAUACGUGACAGACUCCACUCUCAGGAAUCUACGAAGCAGUGUGUACAGAAGCACAGUCCACUACAGCACAGAGGAGCAGCGAGCGGACACGGAGGGAGAGAAGGCGCCCCCCCUGCCCGCCACUGUUGAGGAGUGCCACAAGAAGAUUGAGGAGCUCACCACCGAGCUUACUGCCGUCAGACAACAGGCCAAAGACUUAGACGACAAGUACAAGCGAGCGCUGGCGGACGGCGAGAACACGCGGCGCCGCAUGAUGAAGCAGGUGGAGGACGCGAAGGCCUUCGCCAUACAGAGCUUCUGCAAGGACCUCCUAGAUGUGGCGGACACGCUGGCCGCGGCGGCAGAGUCGGUUCCCGAGACGGAGCUGUCUGAGGGCGGCGCGGGCGAGGCGGGCGGCGCCGCUGCCGCCCUGCGCCAGCUGCACGACGGCGUGCGGCUCACGCGCGCUCAGCUCACGCAGGUGUUCAGUCGACACGGAUUGGUGGCCGUGUCGCCGCUGCGUGAGAAGUUCGACCCCAACCUGCACGAAGCGCUAUUCCAACAGGAGGUUGAAGGCGCGGAAGCGGGCACAGUGGUGGCGGUGAGCAAAGUUGGUUAUAAAUUGCACGAACGCUGCGUGCGCCCCGCACUCGUCGGCGUCGCCAAGCCAUCCUCCUAGUGACUUGUCACAAUUUCGUCACUUGUGACCUGUCACAACCUCGUCACUUGUGACAUGUCACAAAUCACUUGUGACACGUUGACAUUGUCAUACUUAGCCCGUGGCAUGUCGACUGUAAAAUCACUUGUGACAUGUUGACAUUGUCAUACUUAGCCUCUGUCAUGUCGACUAUGUGACAAAUCACUUGUGACACUUUGACAUUGUCAUACUUAGCCCGUGUCAUGUCGACUAUGUGACAAAUCAGUUGUGACAUGUUGACAUUGUCAUACUUAGCCCGUGUCAUGUCGACUAUGUGACAAAUCCAACACACUUGUUGACAAUGUGACAUAAAUUAUUCUGACGCUAUUGUUGAUAAUAAUUCCAAACAAUGAGGGAUUUUCCAAUCGGCGUUCCCCAAAAACACGAUAGAUGGCGUUGUUAAGUUUUUUCUUCGUUUAAACUUCUAAUUUCAUGGGUAACAGACAUAUUAUGCAUCUUUUAUCUUUGUUUUUGAGUAUAAAUGAUGACCCUUUUUAUUACACCAAAGUACAAUUACAACUUCCACCCUUAUUCUGAUCAAAAUAAAGAGAAGCAAUAUAGGUAGCAACAUCAUUCUAUACAAAAUGUGAUUCAAAUAUGAAGCAACAAUUAGUUUUAUAUAUGCUUCUGCCGUAACAUUUCAUUUUUGAACAAUUAUGUACCCCAGCAAUGAGAAAGUAGGUAAUUAUCACUUUAAAUCUAUCGUGUGUUUGGGGAACUUCGAUUGGAAAGACCAUCAUUGCGUGUAAUGUCGGGUUUUUAAGGACUGUAAUUGUUAACUUCGUUAUGACCGUGCCAUUGCAAUGAUUUUGGCACAAUUCCUUACCCCGUGCGCCAUUAUCGUGAGGUGACUCGGUCAAAUGUUAGAACCCGGUCUCGGUCAAAGGUGAUACCGUCAAACUAAAAGUUAUUUACAGUGAUGCAUAUCAAUACUGUACGGUCACGAGCAUUAAUAUGUAUACACUUUGGUACCAUGUCACAUUAACUUUUUGACAAAUUGAACUGUAAGUCUCACUAAAUGUCAAAUAUGCUAGUGCGACAGAGUCCUAAAGUGGGUACAUUAUAUUGCUCAUGACUGUACAAACCGCAAAAAAUAUGAAAAUUUCUGUUGUAUACUUAAAAAAAACCUUGAAUUUUGUAACAAUUUGUUAUGAGGAACUUUUCAGGGUACGUUCCUAAAAAUAAAUACAGAUGGCGCUGUACAGUUUUUGUUUCGUUUAACCUUCCAAUAUCACAGACAUGCAUCUUUUAUCUUUGUUUUCGGGUAUAAAUGAUGAGCCUUUUUAUUACAACCAGGCACAAUUACAUCUUCUACUCAUACAUUGUUUUAAGUUUACGCGGUUAUUAUCAUAAUUAACUAAUUAUCGACCAUGUGGAAUCCAGUAGUAGGUGUUGUAAAAAGCUUGAAACGGCCUAAUGUGGUGAAAAAACGUGAGGACACAGUGAGUGCGGUUUGUCGUAGUGAGUUUGGUGCGAGUUCAGAUGGUUCCGAACAUUCCGAUAUCAAAAACAUAAACAAGCGGCAAAGAAAGAGGGUAGACAGAUAUGUCUGCCCGUAGAAAAUUAUGGAUCUACCUACUCCACUCCAAUCUCAUCAGUCAUCCCGUGAUCAUGGCACUUGCAACAUUGUCGAAAUAUCGGGAGUCUCAUAUCCCCAUUUAAACGCGGUAAGAACCCGUUAUUAUGUGUUUUAAUUAUCUUCUACUCAUUAUUAUUGUGAUGAAAAUAAAGAGAAGCAAUAUAGGUAGCAACAUAAUUAUAUAGAUAAUGUGAUCCAAAUAUCAAGUAACAAUUAUUAUUUUUAUAUAUUCUGCUGCCAUUAUAUUGUAUUUUGGAAUAAGUAUGUAUCCGAUUAUUCAGAAAAUAGGUAGGCAAAUAUCACAAUUGUUUUGGUGAACGUAGCUUGGAAAGUACCUCAUUGUAACGUCACUGACUUAUUCGAUGUUGUGAUAUUAAUAAAAAUAUAUUUUCAAUAUUUUCCAUUAUGAAAACUUUUAUAAUUUGCGCACAAACUAUCCUUGUUUAUGUCAUGGCGAUCUUUGUGACAUUGUAGCUAUUUUUGUGACAUUGUAGCUAUUUUUGUGACAUUGUAGCUAUCUUUGUGACAUUGUAGCUAUCUUUGUGACAUUGUAGCUAUUUUUGUGACAUUAUAGCUAUUUGUGUGACAUUGUAGCUAUUUUUGUGACAUUGUAGCUAUUUUUGUGACAAUGUGACAUGGCCAUUUUUGUGACGUUGACCUUUGUGACACAGCAGUGUACGGUCACGAGUACUAAUACGUAUACACUUUGAUACCAUGUCAUGUUAAAUUUUUGACAAAUUGAACCGUAAGUCCCAUUAAAUGUCAAGUAUGACAGUGCGACAGGGUUCUAAAGUGGGUACAUGAUAUUGCUCAUGACUGUACUCAGUGGCGGGCCUAAGGCCGCCACAGUGAGUUAUGAAUUUUAUAAGUCUGAAAUAUUAACUGGUCACUCACAAGGCAACGCUCUCCUGUUAUGGCCCGGGACAGUGGUUCUCAAAUGCUAUCACUGGCAUGGUAGGCGUUUAACACGUGUAUAUCGAUUAUCGAGUGAUUUAUAAUGCAUUUAUAUGUAAAAAAGUUGUGCACCCCCUCGAUUUGUGUUCCAAAGAUUACUAUUAUUAUUGCGUAUGGCAGACAAAAAUAAAAUAUCCUGCGUGGAUCAUAUAUCCAGCUGAAGCUCCCCUAACCAAGUCUCUGCCGCAUCCGUCACACAAUGCAGCUCGGCUAUACCACCUGGGAACCGGUGCAGAGGGCACUCGUUCACUAUGUGAGAUAUGGUUUGAUCUGGGUGACCACAUUCACAGUAUGGCGGGCGACUCCUUUAUAUUAUUAUAUUAUUUCCGGGAUAAAUAGUUCUCUUUUUCGAUAAUAAUUUUAACGAACACAAAGUGUAACUAGUGGUAGUGGUUGAUUUAAAACAACAUCACGCCUGAGUCCCUGAAGGGUAGGCAGAGCUGUAUUUACCAUCAGAUGAGAUUGUGGUCAAAUGUUUGCUUAUCUUCCUACCUUACAAAAUUCGCAAAAACAUCAAAGGUUAGUAAGGCUGGCAGAGGAAGACCUAGAAGGACGUACAUUGACCAAAUUGGAGAUGUCUUUAGAAAAGGUUCAGUACGAUCUACUCUGAACCGGCGUGCGUGUAUGAAACGAUUGAUGAAUGAGAAGUGUCAGGAUCGAAGCAAAGGGAAUUCCAUAGUCUCUGCUUACCCCGGUGGGGAAAAGGCGUGAGUUUAUAUAUAUGUUCGUACAAAAAUUCCCACCCACAAUAUCACUUGUGUAUUUAACGCUAAGUUUGUAUGGUAUAUAAUCUGCAAUUUGUAUGGAACCCAAUUAUGAUACGGCAUUAGUAGACUUAGAACUUUCCAAUUCAUGAAAUGUAUGAUUUUGUAUGGUACAGAACUAGGCUCCUUUCCCAGCGUUUUAAGUCCAUACAAAAAUGUAUGGUGUCAAUUUUUGUAUGGAAGCGCGGGAGCGGAGGGUAGUUCUACUUGGUGUUCGGAGGUAGUUGUUGAUUAAAUAAAAAAUGAAUUUAUUGUUUA